UUAUCAUAUGAUUGUAUUUGGUGUUUUAUUUUGAAAACCCAGCAGCGGAAGUGUUGAUUCUAACUUGACUCAGAGCUGAACGGUGCUGUGAUUGUGAAGCUGACUAUUGCUCCCUCGUCUCUCUCCCUCUCUCUCCCCCAAAAACCAGAGGACAUUUUUUCUUUAACUUUUCAUCUUUUUAUAUUUUUGAAUCCCUCGGUCUUCGCCGCUUUUUUUUUCCUUCACUCUUCAGAGGGGAACUUGCCAUGAGCAUCACACGACCGGAGACCUGAGCAGUCGGGUCUGGAAGAGGUUGAAGAUGCCUCAUGGACCGCUCCAUCGCCACCAGUGCGCCAGUUCAGGGCAUCCCAAACGCCGAAUAACAAAGAAAUGCCGAGGUUUAGCGUCAGGUGGAUCGUCGCGGUGGUGCUGAUUCUCGUGGUCGGCGGCGCUUUCUUCUUCUGCGAGUAUCUCAUCUACUACCCGACCAUCCUCAAGUGCGCCUGGCCGAAGAUCAGCCAUGCACGGGGCGGAGAGGGCAUCGACGGCCGGCCGAUGGACUCAGCGGUCCGCGCUAUGGUGCUGUCGGACACCCACCUCCUGGGAGCCGUCGGGGGACACUGGUUCGACAAGCUGAGGAGGGAAUGGCAGAUGGAGAGGGCUUUCCAGACCGCUCUGUGGCUGCUCAGGCCCGAAAUUGUGUUUAUUCUCGGGGAUAUCUUCGACGAAGGCAAGUGGAGCUCGCAGAAGCACUGGGAGGACGACGUGCGACGCUUCCACAGGAUGUUCAGGCACUCAACUGACACAGAACUGGUUGUACUGGUUGGAAAUCACGACAUCGGUUUCCAUUAUGAGAUGGACUGGUUCAAGCUGCAGCGCUUCGAGAAGGUCUUCAACGCGUCCUCCACCAGGAUCGUCACCAAGAAGGGAGUGAAUUUUCUGCUGGUGAACAGCGUGGCCCUGCACGGUGACGGAUGUCCCAUCUGCCAGUCGGUGGAGAAGGAGCUGAUCAAACUCUCCAGGGACCUCAACUGUUCUCUCCAGAACUUGCAGUCCGGCAGCGGAGUGAUGGACAGUUGUGAGGGCUCGCAGCUCUAUCCUCCCACACCGCCCAUCAUGUUACAGCAUUAUCCUCUGUACAGAGUGAGCGACGCUGGCUGCACAGGACAGGACGCCGCGCCGCCUGAAGAGCGACACCUGCUGUUCAGAGAGAAGUACGACGUGUUGUCUAAGGAGGCCUCUCAGAGGCUGCUGAAUUGGUUUAAACCCCGGCUCAUCCUGAGCGGACACACCCACAGCGGAUGUGAGGUUCUCCAUGACAACAAGUACCCAGAAAUCAGCGUGCCGUCCUUCAGCUGGAGGAACAGAAACAACCCCAGCUUCAUCCUGGCGUCAGUGUCACCUGCCAGUUACGCUCUGUCCAAGUGUUUCCUGCCGGAGGAGAGCACGGUGAUCGGCGUGUACUGCUCGGCCGGCGCCUGCCUGCUGCUGCUGUUCCUGGCUCACUGCCUGUGGAUGAAAGGCCUGCUGCAGUGCCUCAGCCUCUGCCUGCUGGGGAAGCACAAGUCUCUGUGAACUACUACGUUACCCAGAGUACACCAGGACCAGGAGCCAUGAAAGCAUCAGAGCUGGGUAAAAAAAAAUAAAAAUACUUGAUGUGAGGAUUGUUUUUUCUCUCCUCUGAGCUGGGGAGGGGGAAAAAUCUGUUCAUACAACCUCAAUUUGUUUUGUCCAGAUGUUUUUGCGACACUGUGAAAGACUGGAAUAUAUAUUUUAAAUGUCUUUAGAAAGGACUCAAAGUUUAUCACUACUGAUAUAAAUGAUGAUGGUGUGGUUUUAACCUGUGAUGACAAAGCAGAUUUGGGCCAAAUUGUUGCUAUAAAUCACAAGUGGCGUUUGUUUUAUCUUCCCUGGAGGAGCCAGGCGGGUGGGAAUUAUCAGAAAGUGCACACACGAGCCAAAUCAAACAAGUAAAUAUGUAAAUACUAACAGUCCCUGGUCUGAUUUAAGGUGGUAAAGUCAGAUGUAUGUCGGUAGUUUAUGUCUCCUCACUCUGAUGUUGAACUGUGAUCUGAUGUAAACACUUGUUUGUUUCUGUUGUUGUCGUCCGAUCAUCCAUCCAGGUUUCUCUCGUUUGUUGUUUUUAAAUGCUGAAUAUAUAUAUUUAUUGCUGAUUUUUCUGUGCCAAAUGUUUGUGAGGGUUUUUGCCAAAUUGUUGAAACGUUUCUGAUGAACUGUACAUAAUAAAUCAGAAUCUUAAAAAGGUG